CCUACGAAGGGCCAAAGGCGUCAACUUUAUUUUUCAGGCUGGCAUCAUGCUUGACCUCCCGCAAAUCACAUUGUGGGUUGCCGGCGUGUUCUUCCACCGCUUUUACAUGCGAAGAAGCAUGGUGGAAGAGAAGGGUGGCAUUCAUCACUACAAUAUCGCUGCUACAGCGCUCUUUCUCGCGAAUAAGACAGAAGAAAAUUGCCGUAAAACAAAAGAUUUGAUCAUUGCGGUCGCAAAAGUCGCCCAGAAAAAUACGAAGCUAAUCAUCGACGAACAAAGUAAGGAAUAUUGGCGGUGGCGCGACAGUAUUCUUAACUACGAGGAAGUGAUGCUGGAGCAGUUGACAUUUGAUCUCAUGGUCGGAAUUCCAUACCACCCACUAUACGAGUUUCUUAACAUGCUAGAGCAGGACAUUCCUCUGCAGCAACAAGAAAGCAGUCAACCGCAGCAAGAUCUCUCCAAGCAGAAGCAGCAUCUGGUUCGCAACAAGGCCUUCCGUAACGCCGCUUGGACUUAUUGCAACGACUUGUGCCUCACAGUCCUGCCCUUGCUACUCAAUGCGCGCGACAUCGCCAUCAGUGCCAUCUUUUUCGCCGCUUCCAUCCUCAAGGAGAAAGUAGACGAUUUCGACGGCGAGGCAUGGUGGAAAUACCUUAAGGGGGACGAGGGCAAGGUGUGCAUGGCUAUGGAUGUCAUUACGGAGUUCUAUAAGGAGAACCCAUUGAGGAAACAGGAUAACAGGAUGUCUCCGUCUCCCACCUUCAACCUCGAGAGUACUAGGCGUAGACUUGGAACGGCAUCUAGUCAGCAGGAGGGCGAUGGUACUCCGAUGGAGACAGACCGCAGUACACAGAGCCCUAGAAGCUCCAGUGGCCGCCAUCGUGAUAACGGCAACACCAAUGGCACACUGGAGGAGUAUGAGGAGAGGUCGCAGCCACAGCAUAUCAAGCAGGAAGGCGGGAUAUCGGCUUCGGAGGCCCAGAACGGUUCAGCGACGAAGGGCUCUUCAGAGGCAAAGUCAGCUUCCGUUAUCAAGAGCGAACCGGACAGCGCUACUUCGGGACUUGAUGCAAGGACGGUGCAGGCGCCGGUGUCGUCCAUUUCGCACAGAGGGGAUUCCGACGCGUUACUAAAAGAAGCCGCCAACAAUCUGGCAAUACAUGAACGAAGGCCGAACGAUAGCAGACUACAGUCGCCCCCCGGCGCGAAGCGUAAGAGCUCCGUGUCCGAUCCGGCGGCAGAGGGUGAACCGGAGAAUAAGCGGGCGCGGACGGUUACGAGCGAUGAGGAUGAAGGAGAAAUCAACGGGAAUUAGCGUUGCAGAUUGGGAAUCUUCUGCCCGCCUCCGCCAGAUCUUGCAGUUGCUGCUCCAAAUUCGGGUUUAUUACUUUGGCUUAUAGGGUAGUCGGCGGUUUCAGGCGUCAGCGGUGGGGGGCUACAGGAGGCGCUCUUGCAAUUACAUGGAAUGAAUUGGUUGGCGAGCAUGGAAAAUGCAUUGGGUAUUCUUUGGUCAAACUUCCCCUGGCUCGUGGGUGUAACGGGGGUCGUUUGAU